CAGUCAAAGACGUGGGGAGCAUUAUAUCUAUCGCCGUGCCUGCCUUGUUGUUUGAAGCGCAGCCAGCGAGCUCUUAGUUAUAUUGCUGCAGUUCACAUUCCAUCAGGACAAAGGUUGACAGACCAUGGCCAAGCUGCUCAAUAUUUCUUACAGGGGUCAUGGACGGGUGUUGAACAAAUUCCUGCACAUUUUACCCGCUGAGAUAUCAGCUCUCAGGGUUGGCAGCAGGAAUGUUCAAAGUGCCGCCGCCGCCGCACUGACUCCGAAGUUGCAAUCGUUCAUUGAGAAAAAUGUAGCCCUUUGCCAGCCUGACAAGGUUCAUAUCUGUGAUGGCUCGGAGGCUGAGAAUGAGGCUCUCGUUUCCGCCAUGGUCAAACUCGGCACUCUUGAACCCCUGCCGAAAUACAAAAACUGCUGGCUAGCGCGCACCGACCCUCAGGACGUGGCUCGCGUGGAGAGUCGCACCUUUAUGAGCACCGAGAACAAGAGCGAUACCGUUCCCUCUGGCUCAGCUACCAAAUGCACCUUGGGCAACUGGAUCUCUCCCGACGACCUGAACAAGGAGGUCCAAGAACGAUUUCCGGGUUGCAUGAAAGGGCGAACGAUGUAUGUGGUUCCCUUCAGCAUGGGGCCCAUUACAUCCCCACUGGCAAAAUUGGGAGUCGAAUUGACGGAUUCCCCUUACGUGGCCGCCUCGAUGCGCAUCAUGACCCGAAUGGGCUCCUCCGCACUGCAGGCAAUUCAGAACGGAUCCGACUUCAUCGAAUGUUUGCACUCGGUCGGCAGGUCUGCCGAGUCAAACAACCCGUGGCCUUGCGAGCCAGAGAGGACUAUCAUUGCGCACAAGCCAGCUUCUAACGAGAUCAUCUCAUACGGAAGCGGCUACGGCGGAAAUUCUCUGCUCGGCAAGAAAUGCCUAGCGCUCAGAAUCGGCUCUACCAUUGCGAAACGAGAAGGAUGGCUUGCGGAGCACAUGCUUAUCUUGGGAAUCACGAAUCCACAGGGCGUGAAACGAUACAUCGCUGGGGCCUUCCCAAGUGCUUGCGGCAAAACGAACCUUGCGAUGCUCACACCGACCCUGCCAGGGUACAAGGUGGAGUGCGUUGGUGAUGACAUUGCGUGGAUGAAAUUCGAUAGCGAAGGAAGACUGAGAGCAAUUAACCCUGAAAACGGGUUCUUCGGGGUUGCUCCUGGCACCUCAUACAGCACUAAUCCAAACGCAAUGAAGACUAUUUUCAAAAAUACUGUGUUCACAAACGUCGCCAAAACCUCAGACGGCGGUGUGUACUGGGAAGGAAUGGAGAUGGACUCCAAUGUGCAGGUCACUGAUUGGAGGGGCCAGCCAUGGACCAAAGAGAACGGAAAGAAUGCUGCGCACCCAAAUUCAAGAUUUUGCACUCCUGCGGGUCAGUGCCCAAUUAUCGAUCCCGCGUGGGAAUCACCAGAAGGAGUUCCUAUCGAUGCAAUUCUUUUUGGUGGGCGAAGACCGCAGGGUGUGCCACUCGUUUACGAGGCGUUCGACUGGAAGCAUGGGGUAUUUGUUGGAGCUGCCAUGCGAUCAGAAGCAACCGCUGCUGCCGAAUUCAAGGGCAAAGUUAUAAUGCACGAUCCAUUCGCGAUGAGACCCUUCUUUGGAUAUAACUUUGGCCACUACCUGAACCACUGGCUCAAUUUGGAGAAGACUGCCGGAAGGGAAAUGCCAAAGAUAUUCCAUGUCAACUGGUUCCGCAAGAAUGCGCAGGGCAAGUUCCUGUGGCCUGGAUUUGGUGAUAAUGUACGCGUGCUCGAGUGGGUGCUGAACAGGCUGGAAGGAAAUGACGCCAUCGCCGAGAAGACCGCCAUCGGCUACAUUCCCUCUGAAGGAGCAAUGAAUCUUGAAGGACUGAGUGAGCCGGUCGACACGAAGGAGCUGUUCAGUGUUCCCAAAGAGUUCUGGCUCAGCGAGGUUGAGCAAAUCAAGAAAUACUUUGACGAACAGGUCGGCUCGGAUCUGCCAAACACGAUAGCAGAGCAGCUGCACCAGCUCAGAAAUAGAGUAGAUAGCAUGUAGGUGUAGCUAAACGCCAGUUUUUAAUUCAGGAAAUUCAAAGCGUGCAAUCAAAUCUUGCCCAAAUUGACAAUUUUAAACUCAGCGUGAAAUGAUUAUACACAACUAUUUUGUAUACAAUUUACCAUAGUGAAACGAAGCACUCCACUCAAUUAGACUUUUAACUAAAUCGUGUAUUUUAGCAAUUAUUGUGCAACUAAAGAAAGCAAACUGAUUUUUGUGAUGAGUUUAAUCCUGUUCGAUUAUAACAAAUAUUAAAUGUUCAAUUACAGAAA